ACUCUACCAGUUGACAGUCGCCUUACGCCCUGUACGCUGUCAUUUAAUUUGCAAGGUCAUCAAAGUUGUUGUUGUUGCAUUUUGACGUUUCAACUGUCACACUGUCACGUAAAUUUCGCGACUGUCCUCCUUCUUUCCGGCAAAAUCAACGAUGGCAGGAACUCUAUACACAUACCCAGAAAACUUCCGUGCCUACAAGGCAUUGAUUGCUGCCCAAUACUCGGGCGCUCAAGUGAAAGUUGCUAGCGAUUUUGUUUUCGGCGAAACAAAUAAGUCGGCUGAAUUCUUGAAGAAGUUCCCCAGCGGUAAGGUUCCUGCUUUCGAGACAUCGGACGGCAAGUUCCUCAGUGAAUCCAAUGCCAUCGCCUACUUCUUGGCCAGUGAACAAUUGCGUGGUGGCAAAUGCCCCUUCGCCCAAGCCCAGGUCCAACAAUGGCUGUCAUUCGCCGACAAUGAAAUCGUCCCCGCCUCCUGUGCCUUGGUAUUCCCCUUGUUGGGCAUCAUGCCCCAGCAGAAGGGCAACACUGCCAAACAAGACGUUGAAGUUGUUUUGAACUUGCUGAACAAGAAAUUCUUGGAAUCCACCUACUUGGUUGGUGAACGUAUCACUUUGGCCGAUAUUGUUGUGUUCUGCAGUCUGUUGCAUGUCUACCAAUAUGUUUUGGAUGCUGCCGCCCGCAAGCCAUACACCAACUUGAACCGUUGGUUCAACACCAUCUUGAACCAGAAGCAAGUUAAGGCUGUCGUCGGCAACUACAGCCUUUGCGACAAGGCCUUGGUGUUCGAUCCCAAGAAAUACGCCGAAUUCCAAGCUAAGACCGGUGGUGCCAAACCCCAACAAGAAAAGAAGGCCAAGGAGGAGAAGAAGCCCGCCCCCAAGAAGGAAGAACCCAAAAAGGAGGAGCUCGAUGCUGCCGAUUUGGCUCUUGCCGCUGAACCCAAGUCCAAGGAUCCCUUCGAUGCCUUGCCCAAGGGUACCUUCAAUUUCGAUGACUUCAAACGCGUCUACUCCAACGAAGAUGAGAAAGUGUCCAUUCCAUACUUCUGGGAAAAGUUCGAUCCCGAACACUACUCCAUCUGGUAUGGUGAAUACAAAUACAACGAGGAAUUGACCAAGACCUUCAUGUCUUGCAAUUUGAUCGGUGGCAUGUACCAACGUAUCGACAAGAUGCGCAAGCAAGCCUUUGCCUCCAUGUGCUUGUUCGGUGAGGACAACAACUCGACCAUCUCCGGUAUCUGGGUGUGGCGCGGACAAGAACUCGCCUUCACAUUGAGCCCCGACUGGCAGGUCGAUUAUGAAGUCUAUGACUGGAAGAAAUUGGAUCCCAAGAGCGAAGAAACCAAGAAAUUGGUUGAACAAUACUUCUCAUGGACUGGCACCGACAAAGACGGCCGUAAAUUCAAUCAAGGCAAGAUCUUCAAAUAAAUCUUUGCGCAGUUGUAGCAAUAAAUAAAUAAUGUCAUCAUCGUCGUCAUCGUGUGUGCGCGUCGUGUAACAACAACAACAGCAAACAGCUACACUAUUUAUGUUUAAAACAUUUACGUACGUUACGUUUAUCCUCCCAACACUACCAACAUUGAUAAUGGGCUUGAGACAGACCGACAUCAAACUGAAAACGAACGCCGAGGAGUGUGAUAUUUUCCAAAAACAAACCAACAACAAUGCCAUUUAACUCCUGCACACUCUCCCCAAGGAUAAACACCACGUUCUAAUUGUAUUUGCAUUGUAUUCUUUCUCUCGCCUUCUUUUUUUUAUAUAUGUAAUUAAAAACAAUGUUUUUUUGUAAAACAUA